AUGGUUAGAGAUUUAUGGAGGAAUGGCAGGUGGAGGUUCCCUAAUUAUCAGAGAUAUGAUUUGAAGCCAAACAGAUUGCUUACAAGAGACGGAUUGUAUAGUUGGAUGGCUAUUGAUUUUGAGAUGUGCGUGCUAUGUAAUGAUGCUAAGGAAGAGCUCAACAACACCAGCACCAACACCAACAUCAGCCUCAACGGCGUCGCCGAGAUCCAACCCAACGGUAUCCUCCGUCUCACCAACGAGACCACCAGACUCAUCGGCCAUGCCUUCUAUCCAACCCCUCUUCUUUUCAAGAACUCCAGUGAUGGCACUGUCUUCUCCUUCUCCACUUCCUUCGCCUUCUCCAUCGUCCCUGAGUACCCCAAACUUGGCGGCCAUGGGCUCGCCUUCGUCAUCUCCGCCUCCUCCACCCUCCCCGGCGCUCUUCCCAGUCAGUACCUCGGCCUUCUCAACGCCAACGACAACGGCAACAUCACCAACCACAUCUUCGCCGUCGAGUUCGACACCGUCCAAGACUUCGAGUUCGGUGACAUCAACGACAACCACGUCGGUGUCGAUAUCAACAGCAUGACCUCCAACGCUUCCCAGCCCGCCGCUUACUUCGCCGGAGAUUCCACCAAACUCGAUCUCAAUCUUAAGAGCGGCGACAAGAUCCUAGCUUGGGUUGACUAUGACUCUGUUUCCAAGGUUCUCAACGUGACCAUCUCUCCUUCCUCUACAAAACCCCACAUUCCGAUCAUCUCCUUUCCUAUCGAUCUAUCUCCGAUACUCCACGACCACAUGUUCGUCGGCUUCUCCGCUUCAACUGGGCUUCUCGCCAGUUCCCACUACCUCUUCGGUUGGAGCUUCAAGAUGAACGGCGUCGCUAGAUCUCUAGACCUCUCUUCACUGCCUUCCUUGCCAAAACCACCAAAAAAAUACACCGCCUUUGUCAUCGCCAUCUCCGUCUCCUCAGCUGUUUUCGUAAUCGCCGCCGUUUCCGCCGCCGCGUACCUCUACUACAAGAUAAAGACCGCCGACGUGAUCGAGUCCUGGGAGCUGGAGUGCGGCCCUCAUCGUUUCUCCUACAAAGAGCUCAAGCACGCCACCAAAGGAUUCCGAGACCGUGAGCUCCUCGGCUUCGGCGGGUUCGGCAAAGUCUACAAAGGAACUCUCCCAGGAACAAAAACCCAAGUCGCGGUGAAGCGAGUCUCUCAUGAGUCCAGACAGGGGAUACGUGAGUUCGUUGCGGAAAUCGCGAGCAUCGGCCGGCUCCGGCACCGGAAUCUUGUCCAGCUCCAAGGGUGGUGCAGGCGCCGCUCCGAUCUCAUCCUCGUCUACGACUACAUGCCGAAUUGCAGCCUUGAUAAGUACCUCUUCUCCUCCGAUCUCGACUCCCAGAACCCACCAAAACCCCUGCUUUCAUGGCGUCAGAGGUUUCACAUUCUCAAAGGCGUCGCAUCGGCUCUCUUAUACCUCCAUGAAGAGUGGGAGCACGUCGUCAUCCACCGCGACGUGAAGGCAAGCAAUGUGCUUCUCGACGCGGACUUGAACGGAAGGCUCGGAGACUUUGGGUUGGCGAAGCUCUACGAGCACGGGGCCAACCCGAGCACCACUCGGGUGGUGGGCACGUUGGGGUAUCUCGCACCGGAGUUGACGCGAACGGGCAAAGCAACGACGAGCACCGACGUGUUCGCAUUCGGAGCGUUGGUGCUGGAGGUGGUGUGCGGACGGAGGCCUAUCGAGCCGAAGGCGUUGUCGGAGGAGUUAGUGCUUGUGGACUGGGUUUGGGGUCUCUGGGCGGCGGCGAGAUGGACGGAGGUGGUGGAUAAGAGGUUGAAAGGGGAGUAUGAUAGGUUGGAGGUGGAGGUGGCGUUGAAGGUGGGGCUUAUGUGUUCGCAUCCGGCGGCGUCGGUGAGGCCGAGGAUGAGGGAAGUGGUGAGGUACUUGGACGGCGUCGAGAUGCCGGAGGUGACGAGGUUGCCGGAGGAGUACGAAGGGAAGGACCUACAGGUUGGGUUUGAUGAUUACGUGGACUCUUUCUCGGCCUCGUCGUCGUUCGAGAAGGCGUCGGAAUGCUCGGUCGCCGGCGGGGCUGAGGAUGCGGUGGUGGGGCCCUUUGAUUGUUCACAUUUGUCGUUUGUGUGACGUGGGAUGGCCCACUACUGAGUUUUUUUAACUUUCUAGUCAAUGUAAUAACGUGGAAUAUUAAUGUUUAUAUUAAAAAAUAAUAAUUAUUAGAGUUGA